AUGGGUGAACAUAAACUUUCGAAAAAAACUUCAGAUACACCAACAACAGUGAUCCAUUCAGAAAGUGGUAGUAGUGGUAACAAUCAUGACAGAAACAAUAGCAACGAUAAGAGAAACAAGAGUUUCCAUUUACCAAAAUUAUUCACUAGCAACAACACAAACAGUAGUGUAGCUGAGAAAUCUGCUGUAUCUCCUGGAACAGGGCAACAUGGUGGUCAUGAUUUCUUAGGGUAUCUGCUAUCACCCAAGAGAUCUAAUCCUUCAUCUUCUUCAGAUGAUACUACUAAAGAAGGUACUGAUAGUAAUAGUAAUAAUACGUCUGGCCACAAUACAAAGCCAAGCUCAGGAAGUGGAUUUUUUAACGUUAAUAGAAGCAGAAGUAAUUCUACAAGCAGCCGCCAUUCCAAUACAAAGAUUAAAAAUAAUAACAAAUCAAGACAUAGUUCUAAUGAUUCUGGUAUCUCGAAAGUAGAAAAUGGUAAAGUUACACCAGUAACCUCAGGUCCCAGGGAAACUCAAAUACCACCUCAUUCAGUACCAAUUACAACUGUUUUAACACAUAAAGAAUUCGAUCUUAAAAGAUUAAGGGACCCGAAUUCUCAUGUUCAUAUUGUAAAUAGAUUACAAAAGCAAAUUGAAAAUUAUCAAUUUGGUACUGAAGAUGACCCAAUACCUGCUAAUGAAGAUGAUUUAACGUUACGCACUAUAAAGACAAGUUAUAAUGAUGCAGCUGAUGAAACUUUAAAACCAGUCAAGCCUGAACAAGCAAAGGGCCAAUCCCUAACAAGAUUUAUCAAGAAGACUAUGCAAGUUCCAUUAGAAUUAAAUCCAGUUAACUUAGGUAGAGUGCUGCAAAGUCAAAAUUCAGAUUCUUCAAAACAUCCUAAGCCAGACUCCCAUAAUGUGAACGAGAAACCAAAUAAUAAAAUGACUGAUAAAGAAAAGGAAAAAACUAUCAACAAUGGGUUUUAUGUUAGUAUCGAUAAAGAUUCGAAUUUGAUCUUUAGAGAUUUGAAAGAAAAAGAUCAAUUCCAAAAAUUGGCAAAUAAAUUUGGAAUAGUUAGAGGUAAAAAAUUAGGUGAAGGUGCCUCUGGUUCUGUUUCAAUUAUCAAGAAGAACGAUAGCAAGACUUAUGCAGUAAAAACUUUUAGAUUACAUGUAAGUGGUUCUAAACAAAAUAUUACAAGAGCUGGCCAAUUAGCAUUUUCUAGAAAAGUUACAAAAGAGUAUUGUAUUGGUGCUGCGUUACAUCAUUUUAAUAUUAUUGAUACUUAUGAUAUGUUACAAGAUUCUGGACUUUACUUGGUUUGUAUGGAAUUUGCUCCAUAUGAUUUCUUUAAUUUGGUAAUGAGUGAAUUAUUUACAAAACAUGAAGUUUAUUGUUAUUUGAAACAACUUGUCCGCGGUGUUAAUUUCAUGCAUUCACAAGGUAUAGCUCAUCGUGAUUUGAAAUUGGAUAAUUGUGUGGUUAAUUCUGAUGGUAUUCUGAAAAUUAUCGAUUUCGGUAGUGCUGUAAUAUUCAAAAAUCCUAAUGAAGAUAAAUUAAUUCUAGCGCGCGGUGUGGUUGGUUCAGAUCCAUAUUUAGCACCUGAAUUAUUAAUCCGUGAUAAAUAUGAUCCAAGAGCUGCUGACGUUUGGUCCAUUGGUAUCAUUUUCUAUUGUAUGUAUCUGAGAAGAUUCCCUUGGAGAGCUCCAAAGGAAAAUUUAGAAUCUUUCAGAAAUUUCUGUUCGAAACCAGACAGUCCAGAUGAUAUCAACAAGGGUCCAAAUAAAUUAUUAAUAUAUCUACCACAUAGAUCUCGUAAUUUAAUUGGUAGAAUGCUAGAUUUAGAACCUUCGAGAAGAAUAAAAACUUCUGAGAUUAUUCAAGACAAAUGGUAUAGAACUAUUGAAUCUUGUAAGUAUGAUUCAGAAGAUAGGCUAGUCAAAAUACCUCGUAAUCAUAUCCAUCAUUUAGUAACAGAGGAACAACUGUUAUUAUUGGAAAAAAGACGCACCGAAGCUAAGAAUAAGGCUAAAAAUAUCACAACUCCACAUAUGUCAGAACUACCAUCAACUUCUAAAUCAACAUCGGAAGGUCAUAAAUCUUAUACAUUUGGCAAAAACUCUAUAUCUGAACCUGAGGAUAUUAACAAUACUAAGGAAGCUACUAUUCCUAGAGUAGUUCAUGAAAAUAUUGAAGGCGCUAAUGAUAAAGAUAACACAAACAAAAGAAAAAUAUCUCCACUAAAUACGUAA